UAUAGCAAAGAGCUAUGUAGCUAUAGGUAGUUGCAGGCUGAUGAACUGCCUUAUUCCCACAUUAGACAACAGUCAAUCUACCUUCAUCUUCCAACCUAAUUUUAUAUAUAUAUAUCGUCGCUAGCUAACCCAUUUCCCAUUCCUUAGCCAUUCGGUGGCCGCAAAGAAUUAAGCAAAUUAACAAAGAAAAACCACCCUAAUGGAGGAGCAGUCUGUGGUGUCGGAGCUGGAAGGGACUCUUCUAAGCGAACCAAACCCCUUCCCCUACUUCAUGUUAGUGGCUUUCGAAGCGUCGGGCUUACUGCGGUUCGCCUUGUUGCUCAUGCUCUGGCCAUUCAUUCAGCUUCUCGAGCUAUUCGGGCUGGAGAAUGCGGGGCUAAAACUAACCGUGUUUGUUGCCACCGCCGGGGUUCGAGAGUCGGAGAUUGAAUCGGUGGCGAGGGCGGUGCUGCCCAAGUUCUACAUGGAUGGGGUUGACAUGGAGGCCUGGGGGGCGUUCAGUUGCUACGAGAAGCGCGUUGUGGUGACCAAGAUGCCCAGGAUCAUGGUGGAGAGGUUUGUGAAGGAGCAUCUGAGAGCCGAUGAUGUUGUUGGGAAUGAGCUUGUUGUGAACCGGUUCGGGUUUGCUACCGGUUCCAUUAGGGGUAAUGAUGAUGUUGGUUCGGUUUCGGAUCGGGUAGCUGCGUUGUUUGGAGAUGAUGAUCAACCCAGCAUGGGGCUUGGAAGGAAGACUCGGUCUGAUUCAUUUUUGUCCCUUUGUAAGAAACAAUGCCACGGUCCAUUCGUCAACGGCCAAAAGAGCAACAACCAACUCCUCCGACCGCUGCCGGUGAUCUUCCACGACGGUCGCCUCGUCAAGCGCCCCACCCCAUCAACAGCUCUACUGAUCCUCCUAUGGCUCCCGCUCGGCAUCACCCUCGCGGUAAUCCGAAUCGCCGUCGGCCUAAUCCUCCCCGUGUGGGCUAUCCCUUACAUCAGCGGCUUGUUGGGCGGCAAGAUCAUUGUCAAAGGAAAGCCCCCUUCCGCCGCCUCCUCCUCUAACUCCGGUGUCCUCUUCGUUUGCACCCAUCGAACCCUAAUGGACCCAGUUGUCCUUUCCUUUGUCCUCCAACGCCGAGUCCCGGCAGUGACAUACUCUAUCUCCCGACUCUCUGAGAUCCUAUCGCCGAUUCCCACCAUUCGAUUGACAAGAAUCCGGCAAGUCGAUUCUGAGAUGAUCAAAAGACAAUUGACAAGUGGAGAUCUCGUGGUUUGCCCUGAAGGAACAACUUGUAGAGAGCCAUUCCUCUUGAGAUUCAGUGCCCUUUUCGCCGAGCUCACAGAUAGAAUCGUGCCAGUGGCCAUGAACUAUAGGGUUGGCUUCUUCCAUGCAACCACAGCCAGAGGCUGGAAAUGCUUGGACCCCAUCUUCUUCUUGAUGAACCCUAGGCCGAUCUACGAGGUUACUUUCCUUAACCAAUUGCCUCAUGAAGCUACGUGUUCUUCUGGGAAAAGUCCACAUGAUGUUGCCAACUAUGUUCAGAGGAUCUUGGCCGCAACUCUAGGGUUUGAGUGCACCAACUUUACCAGGAAGGACAAGUACCGGAUUCUUGCCGGGAACGAUGGAAUUGUGGCUUGUUCUUCGAGCUAUGAUCAGAUUAAGAAUUUGGCAGGCGCCUUCAAGCCAUUCAUUAGUUCACUAAUAUAAGCAGCUAGUUAUUGGUAUUUUAUCAUUAUGCUUCAUGUUUGUUCAAGAAUAAUGUCAUAAUUGUGAUUCGGAAUUUAAAUUUUACUACAAAUUGGAGAACAUAUCUACAAUUGAAGAUUUAUUUUUUUUGUGACUUUUCUUCCGAUCAAACUAUGGAUUUAUAUAAAUCUUUUUUUAUAUACAUU